GCCGUCGCACGCCGCCAUUUUGCGUGAAAAUUUGAUAUUCCGCGGUAUUGAUGUGAUGUGAUUUUUCGCAAAAAACAAACUGAAUAGUGAUGAAGACUUAGUGAUUUGUGUUCAAGGAUUAUUUAGCUAACAAUGGGUGAGGAAUAUAUGGAAACGCAAACGGCGCAACCUACGUUGAACGAACUUGUACAGCAGCAGAGUAGGAGUAGUGAACUGAGUUUGACCGAGGCUGUGGAUCCUUCUAAAGAAUAUGGAGGAGAUAUGCUCGGUUUUGAGGAUGGUCCUUUCGACGAUGAAGACGUCAACAGCUUUAGAGGAAAUCGAGGACGAGGCAACUUCAGACGCGGCGGUAACAGAGGCCCACCACCAGCUUGGAUGAACGGGCCCCCGCCUCCGAUGCGGUUCCGCGGCCGCGGCUACGGGCCCGGCGGCCCCCCUAUGCGGGGCCGGGGCUUCUUCCGCGGCCGCGGCGGGCCCCGCUUCGGGCCGAACAACGGGCCGAACUACGACAACAACUGGGGGCCGAUGGGGCCGCCGCCGCCGGGCAUGAUGGGCGGCCCCCCUCCGUUUGGACCCCCGCCGGGGAUGAUGCCGCCGGGGGGGCCGAUGGGACCGCCUCCCAAUAUGAUGGGGCAGCCGCCUCCGUUUGGCGGUCCGCCCGGCAUGCCGCCGCCUAAUAUGCCCGCACCAGAAAUCUGGGUGGAGACCAAGAGCGAAGACGGCAAGUCUUACUACUACCACUCGCGGACGCGCGAGACCACCUGGACGCGGCCGCAAGAGGGGCCCGCGCUGAAGGUCGUCCCGCAGGCAGAGAUGGAGGCUAUGGUGCAGAGCAAGAGCGAAGACGGCAAGUCUUACUACUACCACUCGCGGACGCGCGAGACCACCUGGACGCGGCCGCAAGAGGGGCCCGCGCUGAAGGUCGUCCCGCAGGCAGAGAUGGAGGCUAUGGUGCAGAGCAAGAGCGAAGACGGCAAGUCUUACUACUACCACUCGCGGACGCGCGAGACCACCUGGACGCGGCCGCAAGAGGGGCCCGCGCUGAAGGUCGUCCCGCAGGCAGAGAUGGAGGCUAUGGUGCAGAGCAAGAGCGAAGACGGCAAGUCUUACUACUACCACUCGCGGACGCGCGAGACCACCUGGACGCGGCCGCAAGAGGGGCCCGCGCUGAAGGUCGUCCCGCAGGCAGAGAUGGAGGCUAUGGUGCAGAGCAAGAGCGAAGACGGCAAGUCUUACUACUACCACUCGCGGACGCGCGAGACCACCUGGACGCGGCCGCAAGAGGGGCCCGCGCUGAAGGUCGUCCCGCAGGCAGAGAUGGAGGCUAUGGUGCAGAGCAAGAGCGAAGACGGCAAGUCUUACUACUACCACUCGCGGACGCGCGAGACCACCUGGACGCGGCCGCAAGAGGGGCCCGCGCUGAAGGUCGUCCCGCAGGCAGAGAUGGAGGCUAUGGUGCAGAGCAAGAGCGAAGACGGCAAGUCUUACUACUACCACUCGCGGACGCGCGAGACCACCUGGACGCGGCCGCAAGAGGGGCCCGCGCUGAAGGUCGUCCCGCAGGCAGAGAUGGAGGCUAUGGUGCAGAGCAAGAGCGAAGACGGCAAGUCUUACUACUACCACUCGCGGACGCGCGAGACCACCUGGACGCGGCCGCAAGAGGGGCCCGCGCUGAAGGUCGUCCCGCAGGCAGAGAUGGAGGCUAUGGUGCAGAGCAAGAGCGAAGACGGCAAGUCUUACUACUACCACUCGCGGACGCGCGAGACCACCUGGACGCGGCCGCAAGAGGGGCCCGCGCUGAAGGUCGUCCCGCAGGCAGAGAUGGAGGCUAUGGUGCAGGCUGACACUACGUCCAAGUCCAACGAGAGCAAGAGCGAAGACGGCAAGUCUUACUACUACCACUCGCGGACGCGCGAGACCACCUGGACGCGGCCGCAAGAGGGGCCCGCGCUGAAGGUCGUCCCGCAGGCAGAGAUGGAGGCUAUGGUGCAGAGCAAGAGCGAAGACGGCAAGUCUUACUACUACCACUCGCGGACGCGCGAGACCACCUGGACGCGGCCGCAAGAGGGGCCCGCGCUGAAGGUCGUCCCGCAGGCAGAGAUGGAGGCUAUGGUGCAGAGCAAGAGCGAAGACGGCAAGUCUUACUACUACCACUCGCGGACGCGCGAGACCACCUGGACGCGGCCGCAAGAGGGGCCCGCGCUGAAGGUCGUCCCGCAGGCAGAGAUGGAGGCUAUGGUGCAGAGCAAGAGCGAAGACGGCAAGUCUUACUACUACCACUCGCGGACGCGCGAGACCACCUGGACGCGGCCGCAAGAGGGGCCCGCGCUGAAGGUCGUCCCGCAGGCAGAGAUGGAGGCUAUGGUGCAGGCUGGUCAAAUCCCCGGCGCCCAGAUGAAUCCCAACCAGAUGGCCAAUACCAACAUGAACAUGAUGCCGAAUGGCGUCAUGAACACAAACUUCAUGAACCAGCCGCCCCCAUGGAUUAAGGAGCAGGUGGACGCGGCUCUAGCGGCCAAGGAGAAGGAAGCAGCCAGCAGCGUCCUCGCCGCCGAAGCGGAUGAGAUGCCUCCUGGGGAGGCGGCGCCCGGUACUAUGCCGCCCGGCAGUAUGGUGAACUACGCAGCCAUGGCAAGCCAGCAGGCCAUGGGACAGCCACCCAUGGCAGGCCCACCGGCCAUGGCAGGACAACCGCCCAUGGGACAACCGCCCAUGGGAGCGCAAGCUAUGCCGGGACAGCAGUACGGCCAGCCCGGCUACCCAGGCUGGCCUGGAUGGGGCGCCUGGCCCCCGCCGCUAGGGCCCCCCGGGUCGUUGGCCCCCGCUGCCCAGACCGCCCCUGGCUGGCCCGGAUGGGGCGCCUGGCCCGGAUGGGGCGCCUGGCCCCCGCCGCUCGGGCCCCCCGGGUCGUUGGCCCCCGCUGCUCAGACCGCCCCUGGCGCGGCCACGCAAUUGCCGGCGGGCGGCGGUCUGCCGCCGCAGCUGGGCGUGCCGCCGGAAUUAACCGGCGAGGCACCGCCGCACAUGCCGCCGCCGCAUAAGGAGGAAGUGGUGAUCCCCACAAUCCCCCCGGAACUCAUAGCCUUAGCCGGGGAAUGGACGACGCACCGCGCGCCGGACGGCCGUCCCUACUACUUCAACAGCGACAAGCAGGAGAGCGUGUGGGAGAAGCCUCAGUGCAUGAAGGAUCUGGAAGAACUUCAAACCAAGAUCGCAUUGGCCAAGGGUGAGAGACCUCCAAGGAAGAAUAAGUUUGACCUCAACAUCGAUGAGAGUACACUAGAAGCGAUUCCGCCGCCAGUGAUAGACGUGGAUGCCCACGACGAAGCGGUGGCCGAAGCGGAGCGGAAAGCGGCAGCGGAGCGCGAGCGAGCGGAGAAGGAGCAAGCGGAGAAGGAGCGAGAGAGGGAGCGAGCGGAGCGGGAACGAGCGGAGAAGGAGAAAGCGGAGAAAGAAAAAGCGGAGAAAGAGAAAGCCGAUAAGGAAAAAGCGAAGCAAGAUAAGAGUCGGCCGAUAUCCAGUACGCCGAUCUCCGGCACGCCUUGGUGCGUGGUAUGGACCGGCGAUGGACGAGUGUUCUUCUACAACCCGACCGCGCAUUCGUCCGUGUGGGAGCGACCGCAGCAGCUGUUGGGAAGAGCCGACGUUGAUAAGGCGCUGGCACACCCGCCAGCCGCGCUGCAGACGCAGAAGAAGGAGGCCCAAGUGACAUCCACCACGAAGGCGGCCAAUGGCGAGCUGAAGCGGCCGCCUGACACGGACAGCGACGACACCGCUUCCCCGCCCAAGAAGAACAAGACGGACGACGGCAAGAAGGGCACCAUCGACGUGGGCAAGGACGCGGCCAUGGAGGCAGAAAUGCGAGCAGCCCGCGAGCGCGCCGUCGUGCCGCACGAGCAGCGCCUGCGCGCCUUCCUGCAGAUGCUGCACGAGAAGGACGUGUCCGCGUUCAGUGCCUGGGAGAAAGAGCUGCAUAAGAUCGUCUUCGACCCGCGCUAUCUCAUGCUCGACGCGAAGGAACGGCGGCAGGUGUUCGACCAAUACGUGCGCGACCGGGCCGAGGAGGAGCGCAAGGAGAUGAAGAACCGGCUGCAGCAGAAGAAGCUCGCCUUCCGCGCGCUUAUGGACGAAGCCAAGCUGCAGGCCAAAUCGUCAUUCAGCGAGUUCUCAUCAAAACACGGGCGCGACGACCGCUUCAAGGCGAUCGAGAAGCCGCGCGACCGGACGACCUACUUCAACGAGUACAUCGCCGAGCUGCGCAAGAAAGAGAAGGAGGAUAAGGAGAGGAAGAGAGAGCAGGUCAAGGUGGACUUCAUAGCGCUCCUCAAGGAGAAAGCGGUGGACCGCCACGCGCGGUACCCCGAGGUCAAGAAGAAGAUUGACAGCGACGCCCGGUAUAAGGCGGUGGAGAGCAGCUCCGUUAGAGAAGACUACUUCAGGGAGUAUUGCAAGCUGGUGAAGGAAGAGAGGAAGAAAGAGAAAGAUGGGAAAGAGAAGGCGGAGCGAGCCGACCGCAGCAGCAAGAAAGAGAAGAAAGACAAGGACCGCGACAAGGACAAGGAUAAGGAGCGAGCGAGCGACAAGGACGGCAAGAAAAAGAAGGAGAAGGCGGAGAAGCCGGACGCUACCGAAGAGGAGCGGAAACAGCCGACCCCGCCCCCCGACCAGUGGGCGGAGAUUUUAGGCAUUCCCGGGGAAGGCAAAGAAAAGGACAAAAAAUCCAAAAAGACACAGGAACCCGCCUCAGAAACCUCCGAGUCGACCCAAUCCAAAUGCACCACACCAGAGAAAGAACUUUCACCAAAACAACUGAGAUCCUCCAAAAAAGAACAACCCACCCCAGAGAAGAAAUCGCCGAUAAAAUCUCCGCCCAAGAAACGGAGACUGGAGGAAUUCAUAUCGCCAGAGCCGGAAGAACCAAAAAAGCCUAAGAAGAAAGCGGAGAAGAAGAAGGUUGACAAAACGGAGAAGACGGAGAAGCGGAAACGGAAGAAGAGUGAGAAAGAAUACUUAUACAUGCAAAAGGAAGCCCCAGCCGAGACGACAGAGGAGCCCGAUCCAGAGGCAGAGGGAACGAAAGAAGAGGACGCGGCCGCGAGAGAGAAGGAGGCGCGAGCUCAGGCCUCCAUUAAGGAGAGGGAGAGAGAGGUGCAGCGAGCCCUCGCUACGAGCUUACGAGACAGGGACAAGGAGCGGCAGUAUCACAAGCGGGACGAGGCUGUGCAGACAGAUGGCAGGUCUGUAGAGAAGGAGGCGCGAGCUCAGGCCUCCAUCAAGGAGAGGGAGAGAGAGGUUCAACGAGCGCUUGCGACCAGUCUGCGGGACAGGGACAAGGAGCGCCAGUAUCACAAGCGGGACGAGGCUGUGCAGCAUUUCAACGCUCUGCUAGCAGACCUGGUCCGCAACCCCGACCUGUCGUGGCGGGAGGCGAAGAAACAGCUGCGUAAGGACCACCGGUACAGCCUCGCUGAACUGCUGACCAAGGAAGACAAGGAGCGCCUCUUCAGCCAGCACACAGCAGCGCUGGCGAGCAAGCGUCGCGACAAGCUGCGCGCUCUACUCAACGAACUAAACGUGUCGUGCACGGCGCACUGGCGGGACGUCAAGACGCAGUUGCAGGAAAACCCUGCUGCGCCGGUCUACUCGGCUGCUUCACAGAUGGAGCGAGAAUUCCGCGAUUACCAGCGCGACAAGCAAAGCGCGGCCAAGACGGCGCUCAGACAACUUCUACUGGAGACGCGAUCGCUCACGCACAAGUCGCACGCCGCCGUGCGCGAGGCAGGAUCUAUGCAGCACGUGCACGACGCGCUCAGGCACGACGCCAGGUACACAGCGCUGGACCACAUUCCGGACGAGCGGACCGCCAUGAUCACGAGCUACCUGGAGGAGCUGGAGAAGAAGGGCCCGCCGCCGCCGCCCACCGCCACCGAGCCCAGCCGCCGCGCCAAGCAGUGA